AGAAAUUCAACCGCCCCAUGUUUAGCAAUCACGAGAUAACCGGAGAUAACCAAGCUGUGGGAGAGUCAGGGAACAGAAAUGUGGCGGAAAAAGGACAAUCUAGAAAUGAGGAUUCCUCACACGAUACCAAGGAACGUCUUCGAGGCCUACAGAUGCUCGUACGAAACCACGCGGUUGUCGAGCGAGUUGGAGAGGACGAUUCGAUCGGAGGAUGUCUCCUGGGUAGAGGGAAGAGUCCCGCCCUUGAGAAUCCUAGCUACCUACGUGAUAGCGUCCUCGUGGAAGGAUAACCCUGUACUGGAAGAGCUGCCGACGUGCGAGGACAGGAAUCGGCUGAUAGAAAUUCUACCAACGGACCUGCCGUUCGAGUUGGCCAUAACCAGAAUCGACGACGAGCAUUAUUGGGAACGGUGCUCGAAGGCUAGGUGGGAAGUGAACGACCUAUCGGAGCACGGUAAUUCGUGGCGACAACGAUACUGCGAGGGCCUCUUGUGGGAGUAUCUGGAAGGUCUGGAGCCCACCUUCUUCGAGACGCAAAAAGAAGAGUGCGAGAAAAUGUUGAAACUCGUGCAGAAUUACGUGGACUCGUUGAGGAUCGGUUCCCUCUUACCUACCAAGAAAGUCGAAAAGUCCUUGGACAACGGCGACCCGUGCCUCGCGGAAGAAGACAUCGUUCACCACGUCCCCAUGGCUGUUAUUCUCUCCCAGCUUCCUCUUCUCGUCGAGAUUCGCAUCGUGUUUGGGGUUGUUUACAUGAACGACAACUUCGAGUGGCGCGAUUUCGAGUUCUCCAUCGAAGACUGCAUCGGUCUCGGCGAGGGGAUCAAGGCAUGCUCCAACCUGAAGAAGUUCACUCUAUCUAGAAGCAAUAUGAAUCAGCCGCGUGUCGCAGCGCUGCUUCAAGGAGCGGUAGAGAACGAAAACAUAGAGGAGAUGGAUUUCUCGCACUGCAAGCUGUCGGACAAGGGCGCCCACGCAGUAGGCGAGUUUCUGUCCAUGCACAAGGGCUUGAAGGUUUUACAUUUGGCGAACAACGACAUCGGCCCUGACGGAGUGGCUGGCGUGGUGUACGGAUUGCUGAAGGCGGAUGGGUCGGUGCUGAAGCACCUGGAUUUGAGACUGAACCCUUUGCUAGACUCUGGGAUGGUUCACGUGUGCGCCUAUGUGCUGCGAACCAGCAGCUUAGAAAUGCUUAACGUGAGUGGUUGCGGAAUUAAAGCUGACGGAGCCGCUGCCCUCGCCGAAGUAUUACAGUCUGGCUGCGUCAAGCUUAAAACAUUAAUCCUUGAUGUAUCCAAUAACGAUUUUGGCGAAGCAGUGGGCGAGAUAUUCGAGGCCGCAUUGAACUCCGCGUCGUUCAUUGUUCACUUGGACGCUCGAAUGUGCAAUUUCUCCAGUCGAUCUGAAUUGUCUAUUUACGAGAGCGUGGCUAGGCACAAGGAAGAACAAAGAAGGGAGAAAGCCAAAACAAUGCUUGACCGACUGAGCAGCACCCAUACGCUUCCCACGUACACCUACCGUUGAAAGGAAAUCCUUACUUCCACUGUGACGUCUACGAGGCAUUCAGACCACCCAACGAUAUUAUUAUUAUUAACGCAAAAUAUUUAUUCUUUUUGAUUAAUUAUACCGUAAAAUAUCGAUAAGGAUUCUCUUAAUAGCGCGCGAAAUUUAUUUGGCAAAAUUUAUGGGACCUGAGAAAAUUUGGUUUCAUUGUUAUCUGUUGCAUUUUUGUAGAACUCACCCGAAGUCGGAAAUGACCUUUGUAACGGAAGAAGACUAAUGAAAGGUCGGCCAACAAAAGAACAGCGGAACUAGGGUGCAGCUACUUGAAGAAACUUAUGCGAAAGCCGUGAGCACGGUAAAUUGCGGGGAAAGUAGGCCAGACGAUUGCGGAUACUAUACAGGGAAACAAGUUCUAUCUCGAUGUACGAAGCGAAGACCUCUCCAUAUCGCCUCGUAAUUAUUCCGAAGAAUUAUAGACGCACAUAAAUUAUCUUAACCCUUUAUUUACUGGCGAAUCCUAUGGGGACUUUCAAGUCCACUUCUAUGAAGUUCGUUUUUAAUUGUUGGAUGGCAGCACAAGCGUGUUUUUUUUUGGAAGCUUGUUAGAGACAACUCUGUAAGAUGAUAUAUAACCAAGAUGGACGCCUAGAUUUUAAAAACCUUAAAAAAAUUUAGUAAAUAAACAUUGGUGCCUGAUGUCUGACCAUUACGGUUAAACCAAUGCAGCUAUCCACCUUGUAUUCACGCCGUAUGUUCAAGUGGUGCUCCGGAUUUGUUUUCGUUUGCGUUAGACCCUCCUAGGUGGCGUUGGGGUAGCUUUUCUUCUAAAAUUCUUAUUCAUGGAACGAUGUGGCUCGAAUUCACCCCAUAUAAUGUUGAAAUAAAAAAAAGUCAAAGAUUCGGACUCGAUAGGUGGCGUUGCGGUAGCUUUUCUUCUAAAAUUCUUAUUCUUGGAACGAUUUGGCUCGAAUUCACACUAUAUAAUGUUGAAAUAAAAAAAAGUCAAAGAUUCGGACCCGAUAGGUGGCGUUGCAGUAGCUUUUCUUCUAAAAUUCUUAUUCAUGGAACGAUGUGGCUCGAAUUCACCCCAUAUAAUGUUGAAAUAAAAAAAAGUCAAAGAUUCGGACCCGAUAGGUGGCGUUGGGGUAGCUUUUCUUCUAAAAUUCUUAUUCAUGGAACGAUUUGGCUCGAAUUCACCCCAUACAAUAUUUAAGUAAAAGGAAAGACUUUUUUUAAUUUAAAAAUGUUAAAAUUCAGCCCCGAUGGGUGGCGCUGGGAUAUUCUAGAAUAAGAAUAAUAUUCCACGCAGGGCACAGCUAGUAGAUUCUAUAAAAAAUAAUUGUUCUAAACGAAGACACACGUUUCGAGAUUAAACGAUCGUUCGAACGCUCGAGCGUUCCCUAUUCUUUUGAUGGCACAUCAUAGCCGUCGAAGAAGCUCCUCUGCUUUUAUCGAUUCCCCCUGUUUCCUUUGACGCGACCUAGCUUCUCGGGGUAUCGUUCAGCUUCUAGACAGAAGUUUUUCAAUGAGGGUGUAAAGGUUAGACAAGCGUUAGCACGUCCUAUUGAACUCGAUUCUAUUUAAGGGCGCGGCAUGAAA